CCCGAGGACCUGCAGGACCCCUUCUAUGUUGACCAGUACGAGCAGGAGCACAUCAAGCCGCCUGUCAUCAAGCUCCUACUGUCCAGUGAGCUGUACUGCCGGGUGUGCAGCCUCAUCCUGAAAGGGGACCAGGCGGCCACACUCCAAGGACACCAGUCUGUCAUUCAGGCCCUGUCUCGGAAGGGCAUCUAUGUGAUGGAGAGUGAUGACACGCCGGUCACCGAGGCCGACCUUAGCUGUGCGCCCGUGAAGAUGAGCUCGCACAUGGCCAUGAUUGACUCCCUGAUGAUGGCCUUCACCGUGGAAAUGAUCAGCAUUGAGAAGGUGGUGGCCAGCGUCAAGCGCUUCUCCACAUUCAGCGCCUCCAAAGAGCUGCCUUACGACCUGGAGGACGCCAUGGUGUUCUGGAUCAACAAGGUGAAUCUUAAAAUGCGGGAGAUAACGGAGCGUGAGGUGAAGGUGAAGCAGCAGCUGCUGGAAAGCCCAGCUCACCAGAAGGUCCGCUAUCGGCGUGAGCACCUCACCAGCAGGCCGUUCCCCCACUUCCCGCUGCUGGAGGGCUUGAUGAAGGACAGCAGUGACAGCGCUGCCCUCCUCUCUGUCAUCCACUACUACUGUCCUGAGCAGAUGAAACUGGAUGAUAUUUGCUUAAAGGAGGUGGUGUCGAUGGCAGACAGCCUGUAUAACAUUCGGCUCCUGAGAGAAUUCUCCAAUGAGUAUCUGAACAAAUGCUUUUACCUCACCCUGGAGGACAUGCUGUACGCCCCGCUGGUGCUGAAGCCCAACGUCAUGGUCUUCAUUGCUGAGCUCUUCUGGUGGUUCGAGAAUGUCAAGCCAGACUUUGUUCAGCCCCGGGACGUCCAGGAGCUGAAGGAUGCGAAAGCGGUGCUCCACCACAAGGCCGGCCGGGCUCCGGUCCCGAUCUCCAACGCCACCAAACGCAGCUUCAUGGCCAGCCCGGCGCCCCCGAGCCCGGCGGACCUGCCGCUGUCCACGCAGCCACCCACCGAGGCCUGUCCCCGCUACCACUUGCACCUGGAGGAGUCUGAGUGUCUGGGGAAGGGGACCUCUGCCUUCAGCCCGUCCCACCCGUUACUGCCGCUGAGACAGAGGCAGCAAAAGUCUGUGCAGGGCGAGGAGGGCCCCGACCCACGGCAUCGGUCGGACUCUCUCAGUCGAGCGGACGGCCAGCCCCGCGGAACGGCUGUCACGUGGUCAGAGAAGAAGUCGAGGCCUGUGUCGCAGACAGCCCCGUUUUCGCUUUAUCACGGUGCGAGCUGUGACGGGGACCCGGCCUCCAGCGACACCAUCAGCUUGGCCCGUUCCAUUAGCAAAGACAGCUUGGCGUCCAAUAUCGUCAGUGUCACCCCGCAGAACCAGCCUCACCCCACAGCCACCAGGACCAACGGGAAAGGCCUCCUGGGCAACGUGAACAUGGAGGACGAGGAGGAGGAGCUGCUGGCCAUCAUCCGGACUGACGCUGCUCCCCUUGGGGCGGACGUGCCUGGGCCGCGAGCCUCGGGCCUGCCUGGGGCCAGGUCUGCCCAGAGAGACGCCACCCCAGAUGGCAGGCCCGAGAGCUUCUUCCUGGAGCCUCUGUUGCCGGCCGUGCUCAAGCCGGCCAAAGAGAAGCAGGUCACAACCAAGGAGGAUGAGCGCGGAGAGGGCCGGCCUAGGGGCCUCCUCACCAAGCGGCUCAGUGAGGGCCACCAGCCGGUGGCUAGAAGGAGAGUGGGCAGCGCUCAUGGUACCCAUGACCUGGCCCGGACUUUCACCCCCAUUUCCUGCUCGGACUUCCCAGCCACCAUAGACCCCUCACUCCUGGAGGCAGGACUGCCGUCGGCCAGCACCGCAGGGGAACCGUGUGGCCGGCCCCUGGCCAGUGGCAGUGUCCACCCGUCGUCUCAGGUUCAGCCGUCUGAUGGCUUCUUCCUCCACGUGGUCAGAGCCGUGGAUGAUGCCGAGGACAGGCUCGCGGGGGCCUGCGUGAGGAGCCCCAGCCCGCCCGGUCCUGAGCCGUGGACCAUCCUGAGGCAGGACUCGGACUCGGACGUCCUGGACAUCGAGGACGCCGAGCAGGACCGGCCCGUGGCCAUCACGUGCCCCGGCGAGGAGGAGUCGGCCAAGCUGCAGGAGGACCUGACGGUGAGGGAGCACGAGGACAAGGACGAGGCCAGUGGGCGCUCCAGCCCCUGCCUCAGCACCAUCUCUCAGCUGAGCAGCGUCUCCUUGGCCAGCGGGAGCGUGAAGAUGACCAGCUUCGCAGAGCGCAAGCUCCAGAGACUCAACAGCUACGAGACCAAGUCCAGCACCAGCAGCUCGCAGAAGACCACGCCCGACGCGUCCGAGAGCUGCCCAGCGCCUCUGACCACCUGGAAGCAGAAGCGGGAGCAGAGCCCGAGCGGGCAGGGCCGGGACCACGCCAGCCUGCUGGCCUCCGAGCUGGCGCAGCUGCACAUGCAGCUGGAGGAGAAGCGCCGCGCCAUUGAGGCGCAGAAGAAGAAGAUGGAGGCGCUGUCGGCCAGGCAGCGGCUGAAGCUCGGGAAGGCCGCGUUCCUGCACGUGGUGAAGAAGGGCAAGGCCGAGGGGGCCCCACAGCCGCUGCGGCCCGAGCACCUCACCAAGGAGUACGCCCAGCACAACGGCGAGGCCUCCGAGGACGCUGCGGCCAAGUCGGAGGGGCGCAGGGACGCCCUCCACCUGGAGCCGCACGACAUGGACAAGGACGCAGACAAGGACGGCCUGGCCCUCGCCCCCCACCAGCCCAGGGAGUCGUGCGCCCCGCACGAGUGCGAGAAGGCCAGAGGGCUGCCAGCCGCGCUGCUGGAGGACGGCGAGGGGCUGGACGUGGGCGAGUGCGAACUGUCCAUCGAGAAGCUGAGCGAGACCAUCAGCACACUGCAGCAGGCCAUCCUGAAGAUCUCGCAGCAGCAGGAGCAGCUCCUCACCAAGCCCCCCGCCCUGCCCCCCGCCCCCCGCAACGGCUCCCAGGACCAGAAGGCCAAGGCGGCCAUCCACUUCGUCGAACCGCUCUCUCCCACGGCGGUGACCGGCCACCGCAAGCCCCCUCGUCUCGGCCAGGGGCGGGGUUCCCGCUCGGGACGCCCGGCUGAGCUCAAGGUCCCGAAAGACCGGCCGCAGGGCUCCCGCAGCAAAACGCCAACCCCCAGCAUCGAGACCCUCCCGCACCUGAGACCCCUGCCCCCCAACGGCCAGGCGAGGACGCCUCCCGAGCUGGGCCUGGACGGUGCCGCAGAGCCCGGGAGCGACACCCGGGACAGGCUUCUCUUUGACAGUUACCGGCUGCACGACGAGAACAACCAGCGAACGUUUGUCCUGUCCUCGGCCCCAGACGCCAACAUCCUGUCAGAGGCGCUGGAGAAGAGCGCGCGGGAGGCGGGCAAGGAGAACGUGCCCCUGGAGGAGCCGCUGAGGGCCAAGGCCAGCCUCAUUGAGGUGGACCUCGCUGACCUGAAGGCCCCCGACGAGGACGGGGACCUGGACCUCCCUGACAGCACCGGUGGCCUGGUCAGCGAUGGUGACCAGAAGCCUGGGCUCGGGUUCUUCUUCAAGGACGAGCAGAAGGCGGAGGACGAGCUGGCCAAGAAGCGCGCGGCCUUCCUGCUGAAGCAGCAGCGCAAGGCGGAGGAGGCGCGCAUGCGCAAGCAGCAGCUGGAGGCCGAGGUGGAGCUCAAGCGGGACGAAGCCCGGCGUAAAGCGGAGGAGGACCGGAUCCGGAAGGAGGAGGAGAAGGCGCGGCGGGAGCUCAUCAAGCAGGAGUACCUGCGGAGGAAGCAGCAGGAGGCCCUGGAGGAGCAGGGUCUGGGGAAGCCCAAGGCCAAGCCCAAGAGAGCGCGGCCCAAGUCCGUGCACCGCGAGGAGUCCUGCAGCGACUCGGGCCCCAAGUGCGCCUCCACACCCGACAAUCUGAGCCGCACCCAGUCUGGAUCCAGCCUGUCCUUGGCAUCUGCAGCAACCACUGAGCCAGAGAGUGUCCACUCAGGGGGCACACCUUCCCAGCGAGUGGAGUCACUGGAAGCUCUGCCCACUCUGAGCCGGAACCCGAGCAGAAGCACAGACCGGGACUGGGAGACAGCGUCCGCGGCCUCCUCUCUCGCCUCAGUGGCCGAGUACACAGGGCCGAAGCUCUUCAAGGAGCCCAGCAGCAAGUCCAACAAGCCCAUCAUCCACAAUGCCAUCUCACACUGCUGCCUGGCGGGGAAGGUCAACGAACCACACAAGAACUCCAUAUUAGAGGAGCUGGAAAAGUGUGACGCCAACCACUACAUCAUCCUCUUCAGGGACGCGGGCUGUCAGUUCCGGGCGCUCUACUGCUACUACCCCGACAGCGAGGAGAUCUACAAGCUGACCGGCACGGGUCCCAAGAGCGUCACCAAGAGAAUGAUUGACAAACUGUACAAAUACAGCUCAGACCGAAAACAGUUCAACCUGAUUCCAGCAAAAACCAUGUCUGUCAGCGUGGACGCACUCACCAUACACAACCACCUAUGGCAGCCCAAGCGGCCGGCCGUGCCAAAGAAGACGCAGACUCGAAAGUGA